CUCGUAUAUCUGCACAACUGAAAAGGGAGAAUAUUGUGAAAGUCGAUCGGGAAGUCUUGAAGGCUGACCAUCAAGUCGAGACUGAAAUGCGACAAGAACGUACCUUGCAGCGCUUGCGUUCGAAGAGGGUGUCCUUCUAUUUGCCCAGAGGGAAAGUUGGUCGCUGGGAGAGGGACAAGGCUCGUCUUGAUUCAAUUAAUACAAAAGAAUUGCACCAUGAGAUUGAGAUGCUACAAGCUCGGAUCAAGGAGCUAGAAGCGGCGCUAGCGGAUCUUCAAUCCAAAGUCACUUCCGAACCUCACCCCCUCCUCGCACAAUCUUUACAGAAAGCCACUGAAGGCCUAAAGUCGGAUAGUGAAGCAUCAAAGGAUACUGGGUCUGACGAAGAAGAGCUCGUUGACACUUUCGGAUCUUUAACACUCGACACCGCGGGAGAAACCAGAAACGAGAGCAAUGUCAAUAUAGAGGCUCAACUGGGACUUCCCAUCGAUUUGCUUCUUUUGAGCAGACAAUUCCCUUUCAAAAACGUACACGAAGCUGAAGACAGUUUUCGUAAAUUUAUCAGAAGCAAUCUCCCCAGCAAAGAGGUCGCAUUCGAUUGCGUUAUCGGUCUUCACUCUCAGCUAUCUUGGGCUACACCGUCUGUCGUAUGGGAGGAUGUUCGUCACAACAUCUUCGAUCCGAUCUAUACCGCAGGGAAUGUAGCAAAUGAUCAACAAGUGGCGAUCCUCUUCAUUACUAUGGCUCUUGCUGUUCUCGCAGAUCCAAAGCGCCCAAUGUAUCACCCAGAUUCUCACCGCUACUAUCACUUAUCACGAGCUUCUAUGUCAUUGGGCGAGCAACUGCUUGCAGUAUUCAAUGGCAUGAUAAACGAUUCGAACGGUGCAAACAGAGCAUGGGGUGCCUUGAGCCUGGCCAUCAGAAUCGCUCAAAUGGUUCACCGAGAUAACGAACAAUGGAACAAAUACCCGGAACAAGCCGAACGUCGAAGGCGGGUCUGGUGGGAUCUAGUUUCGUUCGAGACUGGAUUCGGGUUUGCCUUGGGCCGCCCAAGGGCGAUUCAUCCAAAGUCAGUGGUGAUCAAACACACAA